AUGGCGGUCUUACUCCUCCUCCUUCGGUUCCUAUGUGGAGCCCCCUGGGCUGCUGCAGACAACAUCCAGACCAUCUAUGUAGCCUCGGGGGAGGCAUUGGAGCUGCCAUGUCCCUUACCGCCCACCCUGAGUGGAGACGAACUCCUAUCCUGGUUCCACAGCCCAGCAGCAGGUUCCUCCACUGCCCUGGUGGCCCAAGUCCAAGUGGUCAGGCCAGCCCCAGACCUCGGGAGGCCCACCAGGCCAUCCAGGCUCAAACUACUGGGGAACUUCUCACUGUGGCUGGAAGGGUCCAAGGAGGGAGAUGCUGGUCGGUACUGGUGUGCUGUGCUGGGUCAGCACCACAGGUACCAGAACUGGAGGAUGUAUGAUGUCUCCGUGCUCAGAGGAUCCCAGCUAUCUGCAAGGGCUGCCGACGGAUCCCCCUGCUCUGUCCUUGUGUGCUCUGUGGCCCCUGCCAGACGCCUAGACUCUGUGACCUGGCUAGAGGGAAAGGGUCCUGUGAGGGGCCGUGUACUGUCAUUUUGGGGCGAUGGGGCUGCCCUGCUCUUGGUGUGUCCUGGGGAGGGGCUCUCUGAGUCGGGGGAACAUAGACCAAGAAUCAUCCGCUGCCUCAUGCCUCACAACAAAGGGGUCAGCUUUAGCCUGACAGCCUCCACGGAUGCCUCCCCUGCCCUCUGUGCCCCUUCCACGGGCUGGGAUGUGUCCUGGAUCGUGAUGCUCUUGCUCACAGUGGGUCAGGGGUUCACCAUCCUAGCUGUCAGCAUCGUGCUCUGCAGACAGAGGGCCCAGGGGGCUCAGUGCAGAGGUGCCUCAAUUCCUCAGUUCAAACCUGAAAUCCAGGUCUAUGAGAACAUCCAUUUGGCCCGUCUCAGCCCACCUGCCCCCAAGAUCAGAUGAUCUCCAUGACAUCUGCUGGAAGUGUGACCUGCUGUCCCCCUGGCCAUCUGGCACCUGAGGCUUCGCCUGAAAACCUUGGCAAGGGGGGGAAGGGCUGCGAGUGCUGCCCUACAGUCCAGCUGGUCACCAGCAGUCACGCUGUGUGUGUGUGUGUGUGUGUGUGUGUGUGUGUGUGUAUGUUCAGGGGCACUGAAGGAAAGCAAAGUAUUAUUCUGCGAUGUCACCUGUGAGAUCACAGGUGUGAUUUCCUGUUUCAUAGCAGCCAGUAAAGGGGUGGUCCUGAGCCCUCAGUACCAUGGGACUGAGGGGAGCCCAGGGUGGCUGCCAGGGGGUGAGGAGGGGUGGGGAUGGGCAGAGAUGAGACAGGAGAAUCCAGAGAUUUGAGCAAUUUUGGAGAGUCAGUCUCAGGGAAACCACUGGACAAAUGGAGGCAACUAAAGAGGGAAGGGAAGGGACUCAAGUUAGAGGAAAGAGACAGGCAGGGAGAGAAGACAACAGAAGCACUAGGUGGGAGGACUGAAUGACAGAGAAUUGGAAGAAGACUGGGUUGCCCUGAAAUUAAGCCCGACCAUCCCCCACCCCCAUCCCCUCAUCC